AAAGUGUGUGGGAGCGAAUGUCAUAGUUAAUCAACAAGCGGCUGGUAGAUUUAUCUGCUAGCGGAACGCAGGCUAUUCAUCUCGCGGCUCAAACGAAGCACGUGCGGUUAAAGAGGGGAGGGUGAAAGGCCACAGCUGAUGUGUGCGGAGGAGAUCGCAACCUACCACCGGAGUUUUUCCCCUUUUCCUUAAAGUAGGACAUUAUGUGCGACUGUGAAGGAGCGCCGCUGCCCUCAAUGCAGCCGGCUGUGAAACCGGUGGUUGUCGUUCACGGGGGGGCCUGGGCCAUCCCCGCCGGCAUGUCCGAGGCCUGCACGAAUGGCGUGAAGGCCGCAGCUCUGGGGGCGUUCCGGGUUCUGAAAAGGGGCGGGACCGCCCUGGACGCCGUGGAAACGGCCGUCAGGGCCCUGGAGGACGACCCGGCGUUCGACGCGGGGCGGGGGUCGGUGCUGAACGCCGGCGGCGAGGUGGAGCUGGACGCUGUCGUCAUGGACGGCAGGACGCUGGCGGCCGGAGCCGUCUCCUGCGUCAGGAACAUCGCCAACCCCGUGACCCUCGCUCGCGCCGUGAUGGAAAAGACGGACCACGUCAUGCUGACGGACAGAGGCGCCAACCUGUUCGCCGACAGCGUGGGCGUGGCCACCGUGCCCAGCGACGCCCUGGUGACGGAGCACGAGAGGGAGGAGUGGGAGCGGCACCAGCAGUACUCCCUCGGGGUGAAGAGCCUCUUCAACUCGCGCUGGGACCAUGACACGGUUGGGGCGGUUGCUCUGGAUUGCCAUGGCGACGUAGCCUGUGCCACUUCCACUGGAGGAAUUAGAAACAAAAUGGUGGGACGAGUUGGGGACUCGCCCAUAAUAGGCUGUGGCGGCUACGCGGAUAACCGCGUCGGCGCGGUGUCCUGCACGGGACAUGGAGAGUCCAUCAUGAAGGUCACCCUCGCCAGCCGGAUCCUCUUCCACAUAGAGCAAGGCCGGGGUCCCUCUGAGGCGGUGGAGUCGUGCCUGCAGUACAUGGCCGAACGAGUGAAGGGCGGGGGCGGGGUCAUCGCAGUGACCCGAUCGGGGGAUUGGGUCGCCCGGUUCACCACCGAGCGCAUGGCCUGGGCGGCGGCGGAGGGGGACGUCCUGUCGUACGGCCUCGACCCGGAAGAAGUGAUUCGGGAGAGACUUCCGCUGUAGCGCCUCUGCGGUACCGGAGCUGGUUCUCUCAGCGCUGCAGCAGCGUUCGCCGUGGGAGAGAACAGGGGGAGGGGCUGUGAGGUUUUACAGUCUGACAGCGUCACUUGGCGAACAUUGCUGCUUUACGCAUUCCUGAAUUAAGUCCGUUUUUCAGUUUCUGUAGUUCUGUGAAUUUCUAGAACCUUACACCAGCAGUCCUGUCAGGACUGUUUAGUCUAGCAACACAAAAAUAGUUAAUUGGGUUAAUUGUUCUAUUUCAUUUAAUCUUGUAUGUAAUGGCUGAAUUAUUCAAAUAAUUAUUCAAAAUCGUACCAAUCCAGAAUGCAUAAUCCAUCAAAUAUUAAGGCCAUUGUCACAAAUCCGCAAGCAGUGAAGAAUACAGACAAAUUUCCUAAUCACUGUUCUAAUUGUUAAUCAUUUCCAAUUCAGUUUUAGUGUUUUUCAACUUGAAGGUCGCAACAAUUUUCAAGAUAGCUCAAGUUGGAGUGUGUAUUUCUGCCAUCAGUGCAAAUAAGGUUAAUUCUAAUAUAAUUAAUUUCUAAUAUCAAUUUGGUUAUUACAAUGGGCCUCAUUCACAAAACAUGCGUACAAACGUUUCCACAAACAUUUCGGCAUUCAUCAUUUUUCUCUUAUCUGUACUUGUUCCUGGUUAUUUCCUUAAGCUAAUUACAUUAACAGGAUUGUGUAUAAAAUCUACAAAAAGUUAGCACUCAUCAUCUCAUACACCUGGGAUAUGCACAAAGGUUUUCAUGUGUCAUGAAUCCCAUAUUGGUUUUUUGUCAGAACAUUUUUAAGAACAAAAGUAAGAAUAAUUUAAGAAAGGUUUUGUGAAUGAGGCCCAAUCAGUGGACACAAUGUUGUAAGGUGCUGUGAAAAGCUUGCCACAUCCAGGCAGGUAGUUUGAGCACUACAGCACAGCACAGGCCAAUCAAGACUUUGCAGUGGUGGGACAAAUUUAUCAAAAUCACACCCAAGGUUAUGUCCAACUCUCGCUGCUCUGUUUUCAGGGAGGUAAAAAGCCUGUCUUUGCCCCGCAAAUGCACUGAUGUCAAGGGUAGACUGAUGUUUUGUAGCAGUGUAGAGCUUCACAAGGAUUUUGCACCAAGGUUGCUAUUUCCAUCCUUGUUGCUGUUUUAAAAAGUUUCUGCUGAUGGUUGCGACAGGAAUGGGUCCCUCAUUUUCACAGUAAUUGCAAAUAUAAUUAUUAUUAAUUAGUGUGGUUCACGUCAGUCUUUGUGUCAGAUUAUGUAACAUUCUGUCCAAAUGUGCAAACAAGAACGCAUGCUGUCAGCAGUGGAACAUUUGGAUUACUCAGCUAAAAGCAAGCACACUUGAAAAUAAUGAAUAUAAAUAAUGAAAAAUAUAAUGCAUUCAAAAUAUAUUAUAAAGAAAACCAUGCAGCCACUCUCUCCCAUGAAAAAUGUUUUUAAUUAAAUCUUUUCAUAAUGAUAUUUAUUUAUGGCAUGAUCCCAUGAAUGCUGACGUAUGUUAGUUAAAAUGAUCAUAUUAUAGUUAAAGGUCAGAAAUCAGUCAAGUCAUCCAAAAAAAAUAAUUAAAAUUUUUUAACGAAGACUGGAAAUUAGUGCAUGCACAUUCAUAUUACCACAGUGAGACACGUCAGUUAUUUCCAACAAAAACUAAGCCAAUCAAAGCACCACAAUAUGCUUCACAUUUCAUAUUUUUAAAGAGAAUGCAUAUCCAUGGAUUCCACAGAGAGGUUUAUGUGGAGGUAGAAGUCAAAUGCCCUGUGUCAAUGUCCAAUGAUAUCAUUGUGGGAAUUUCAAUGAGCUUACUUUAAUAUCAUGAAAGCUAUGGAACCUCUGCUGUAAGAGAAGAGCUCUAUUCCCUGCAAACAUCCUGCCGCUAAUUGACUGCAUAAUAAAGCAUCGCAUAGCACGAUUGACAUGCAUGUCAUUUAAAUAGCGUGUGUCGUCUUUCCCGAACAAUGAGAAGGACUUAAUUGUUUCGCGAAAGAGGGAGGGAGUGAGA